UAAAAAUUGGACACUUCCUCCAUGUAGGAGGGAUAUUUCCCAACACACUAAAACAUGUCUUUUCUCAAUCUAACAAUUAAACUUUUUAAUUUUUUAAAUAGUACGUGAAUAAUGUCUAGUAGCGGGAACAAUGUCCAGUGAUGGUGUACAUUUGGCACUACCAUCUGGAUGGGAUCGACAUCGACUACGAGCACUUCAAUUCAGACCCGGAGACGUUCGCGGAGUGCAUCGGGAGGCUAAUCACCGUCCUGAAGGAGAACAGAGUGAUCUCCUUCGCCUCCAUUGCCCCGUUUGACGACCCCGGGGUCCAGAAACACUACACGGCGCUGUGGAAGCGGUACGGUCAUGUUAUAGACUAUGUGAACUUCCAGUUCUACGCCUACGACAAGGGGACGACGGUGUCGCAGUUCUUGCGCCAUUUUGAUGAGCAGAGGGAGAGGUACAGAGGGGGCAGAGUGCUGGCGAGCUUCCUCAGCGGCGGGGGCGGCGGGCUGUCGCCGGAGAAAGGGUUCUUUGCGGCUUGCAAGAAGCUGAAGAGUGAGGGGAAACUUGGGGGCAUAUUUGUUUGGUGUGCCGAUGAGUCCAAAUCCAAGGGGUUCAAGUAUGAGAAGAGGGCUCAGGCUUUGCUUGCAAAACCAACUUCACUCUAAUUAAAGCUUGGCUCUUAGUCGGUGGUGAAUUGGUGAUUGUCAAUUAUAAGUCUAUCUUUAUUUUUAAUCUUUUUUUUCUUUUAUUCAAAUAAAUGCCCGCUUGGUCAAAUAAAUAAAAAGAAAACUAUGCAACUAUUGGAGGGUUAACAAAAAUCUUUGGGUGAUACGGAUUAAUAAAUAUCAGAUAUAAAUUAAGAAAAAAAAGACUAAAAUAAGAAUAAAACAUUAAACUAAAUUAGAGGUUUUUUGUUUUUAUUCUCGAAAUAGGAGCUUAAAUAUACAUACAGUGCCAUUAAUGACCAUAUACAUUACAAACAAGGUAUUGUAAAAUAUUCAUACGCACCGUUACAUUAUUAUAAU